UUCAGAUCCGUUCUCGUUUUCUUCUUUCAAUUAGAUCGCGCUUAUCGUACAUCUAUGGAAAUUUCCCCAUUUUUUUUAUCAAUAUGUGAAAACCUUAACGUUACUCUCUUUCUUUAUUAUUAACCAACAAAUACAUGAAACUGCUGAAGAAACUUCCUCUAUGAAGUACUUUUGAAAUCCUUGUCUAUAUAUACAUAUACAUAUGCACCACCAUUCACAUUAACCAAUUUCAAUUAUGCCUCGAUCUUUUCUGUGUGUCACUUUAUAUAUUUUUUUCUUGUUUCUCAUUAUGAUCUCUCAUGGAACAACAUGUUCUACUACUUCGAUGAAAACAUCGUCCGAUAUAAUUGAAGAAACCUGCGAAAAAUGUGCAAACCAAUCCAUGAUUUUGAGCUAUAGUUUAUGUUCAACAGCUCUUCCGGUGAUUCCGGUGAGUCGUGCAACGAAUCUUCAAGGGCUGGCUGUGAUUGCGAUGGAGUUAGCUUUAGAGAAUGUGACUAGCACGCUUGCUACGAUUGAGAAGCUGUUAGGUAAUGAGAGUUUGGAUAGUUAUGCGUUGGGUUGUUUAACGGAUUGUUUGGAACUAUACAGUGAUGCGGUAUGGACUAUAGUGAGUUCUGUAGAUGUUUUCUUGUCGGGGAAUUAUGAAGUAAGUAAGACUUGGAUGAGUUUGGUUAUGGAAGCGGCAUCGACGUGCCAGAAAGGUUUUGAAGAGAAGGGCCGAGUUUCUCUUUUGACAGAGGAGAAUUAUAAUCUCUUCCAGUUAUGUGGUAUUGCACUAUGCAUCAUCCACAUGUCUACUCCUGUGACUGCAAAUGCAAUACCAUUUUAAUCAACUCUCACCAAGUUCAGCUGCCAAUGCAAUGCCUUUUGUUUUGUUGUGAGCUGUUUAUGAAAAGAUCCGUGUUUUUAUUUUGGGAUUAUAAGUUCUAGCUUUGUUUUUAUUUGUAAACUAAAGUUGUAAGAAUAUGUUUCCUCAUUAACCGGCUUUCCGGGGACUAGGAGUAUGACUAGAGAAAUAAGACAUGUCGCCUGCUUGCCUGUAAGUUAGAAGGAGGAUGAGAAGGAAAGGUAUAUUGAUAUUUGAGAGAGUGAGGGCCUUUGAGCAUUGGGAGGUGCUAACUCUUGUAGUUCUGUAAUCUAUAAUGUAAUGAAGAGAAUUUAUCCCUUAUUUUUCUCAUAAAGAUACCUGUUUCUAUCA